CAAAAAAUUGUAGGUAAUUUUCAACAAUAAACAAAGCGUGGAAUGAAAAUGCACGCCGAAAUUAAACAGCAAUUUGACGAAAUAGGCGUUGAUCCCAAUACGGAGGUGCUGGACAAAUGUGUCGAGUUGGCCUUGUCCUACAACAUUGACGACGCCACCGAGUUUGUGGAGCAAUGGAUGGCAUUUAGUUUGUCACAUCUGCAUGGUGAUGAUCCCACCAUCGACAAUUUGGGCGAGUUUGAGCGCAAAGUGCUGCAGCUGAAGCGGGAUAAGGGAGGCAGCAAGAAGCAGGCAUCGCACAAAAACAUCCACACACCUGUGGCAUCCAGCAGAGCCUUGGAAACAAGUGCCUUAGCCACAUACGGUUUAGGUGCGGAUGACGGUGACGAUACAACCAUGAUGGAAGAGUACGCGAGCGAAGACCCUACAGAGCCGCAUACACCGAAAGCGAGGAACAAGGUCAGGCCGCAUACUUCAGCCCUCAAAGGAGACGUUAUCUUCAGCCCUGCCAGCUACACGCCAAAAUCUCAAGCAGCUCCCCGGACUCCCAUCGUGCCAACAGCUGGUCGUCCUGGCGACAUUGUUGAGACAUUUGGCAAUCGCAAUUUGGUAACUAAUGCGACAUGGCAGACGCAGCUAGAGCAGACUCUGCCCAUCGCUCAGAAACUACUACACAACAAUAGUCCCCUGACCGCCUCGAACUUCGGGUAUAUGAACGACUUGUUGGCUGAGAAGUGUGAAUCUUUAUAUGAUCGUAUCGUAGAUAUUGGGCAAGCGCUGGCGCUGAAGAAGCUCGGCCCUAAAGGAUCUGCCGAUUGCAGUUGGUAUCCACGGGACAAGUAUACGCUGCAGGCGCUGCAUUUGCUCCAUACCGUGGGCAUGAUUCACUCAGACUACGAUGGGCCCUUGGAUGCCCAUUCCACACUACUUGCUGUGCCAGAUGCAGAAGAUCCCAACUAUUUGUCUCUUAAUUUAAGCCGCAUGAAGUCUGUUAGCUUCUUUCCUGGCCAAGUGGUGUUAGCUACUGGGUUUAUUCCCAAGGGCAAGGUGUUCGUAGUGGAAGAGAUUCAUACGGAACGCAAACUCGUGCCGCCGCCGCCACUAAAAUUGGAUCGUGAACUGCUGUUUGUUGCUGCCGCCGGACCAUUUACCCAUGGUGAUGAUCUCUUUUACGAACCCUUGCACGAUCUGCUAAAGUACCUAAAAGAGAACCGUCCAGAUGUGCUCGUUCUAACUGGCCCUUUCCUCGAUGCAGAGCACAAAGCCGUCAACGAGCUGGCCGAAACCUUCGAGUCCUUCUUCGAUAAAAUGAUUGCGGGCAUUAUGGAUGUCGUCGGUAGCCACACAACGGUGCUGCUGGUCAGCUCACAAAAAGAUGUCAUGGCACAUGCUGUCUACCCCACACCACCGCUUCCUUUGCGCAAAUUGUAUCCAAAUCUUCACCUACUUCCAGAUCCCACAGUCGUCGACUUGGACGGCAUAAUGGUGGGCGUCACUUCGACGGAUGUGGUAGACGAUUUGCUCAGUUACGAAUUUGCUGCCAAUGCUGGCGAAAAAAUGCAUCGUGUCAUUAAUCAUUUGUUCAAUCAAGGUUCAUUUUAUCCCAUAUGCCCGCCGCCGGACGAGAGCAUGGCCUAUGACUCGGAAUUGGCACAGAAAUAUGCACAGCUUAAACAAAUGCCAAAUGUCCUGAUCCUUCCUAGCGUCCAAAGGCAUUUUGUGCGUCUCGUCAACGACUGUUUGGUCAUCAAUCCCGGGAGAUUAUCACAGAAUGAUGCCGGGGGCACAUAUGCACGCUUCCUGAUCACACCGACACCACCAAAUUCCGUGGCCAACAUGUUCAAUAGCACAGCUUGUCAGAUCAGGCGAAUUUGAGCGAUAUAUUGGUGAAGGAUUUUGUAAAGUUUAUUACUAAGUUUUUAUAAGGAAUUUACCGUAAAAGCAUCUGCAUUUAAAUUAUUAUCGAAUGCAUACACAGUACAUCUGUCUUGAGUUUGUUAUUUAAAAGCAAAGCGUUCUAUUGACUCGAAAGUAAUUCACUGCGAAGCCAUAAUAUUGAUAUGCAUUUGUUCAAAUUGUUUGCCAGUCUGACCAAACAUGUACACAUAUGUAAUUGUUAAAGCGUUUAUUAUUUUAAUAUAUAUGUAUAAUAAUAGUUUACAGCUAACAAUAGGAAAUAAAGUCUAAACGUAUCUGCUAUGUA